UUUUAAAACACAUCUGAUGAAUUUAGCUGCCAAGGUUAAUACCAGAAACAACAUCCUCCAAAGACUAUGUGGAACUACAUGGGGUUCUUCGCCGUCCACCUUACGGAUCUCUGCUCUUGGCUUGGUUUUCUCUGCAGCAGAAUACUGUGCACCGGUAUGGAUGAACAGUACUCACAUUAAAAAACUGGAUGCCCAACUAAAUGCUACUCUACGUAUCAUAACAGGUACUCUUAAAUCAACUCCUAUUCACUGGUUACCUAUUUUGAGCCAUAUCCCUCCAUCUGCACUCCGAAGGGACAGCACUUUGCUCAGGGAAUAUAGGAAAAUAUUGUCUAAUCCACAACUUCCGAUCCAUCAGGAUAUUGAUGACCUCAACAUAAAUCGACUUAAAUCAAGACACCCUCCUCUUAUAAGAGCUAAAUCCCUGCAUUCCAAUAAUUUCAACCUCACUGAAUCUUGGAAAAGGCUCUGGGCUGAUGUCUCUCCGGUGGACAGUCGACAACUUCCUUGUAUCACAAAGCGACCACCUGGAUUUGAGUUAUCCAGAAAUCUUUGGAGUGUGUUAAAUAGGAUUCGGACCAAACAUGGGUUGUGCAGGGACAGUCUUUUUAGGUGGGGAAAAGUUGCAUCCGCACAGUGUGACUGUGGUGCUGAAAGACAGACUAUACAUCAUAUCUUGGAAGAUUGUCCAGUAAGAUCUUUUUCGGGACAACUGAGUGACUUCUUGAUUAUGACUGAAAUAUUGAAUAAUUAA